UGUACGAGCUAGUGAUGGCGGUGAGCUCGAAGCAGGCCUAUGCCUGCGUAGUGCUCGUGGUGCUCUGCAUUGCCGCGCGGACGGCGGCGGCCUGGGGCAGAAUCGACGACCGCCUGGAGGUGAACUGGGGCCAUGGCAGCCACGGGACGGUUUCGGCCGAUGGCCAGGUCAUCUCGCUGUCGCUCGACCGCAACUCCGGCUCCGGCUUCCGGUCCAGGGACACGUACCUCUACGCGCGCAUCGACCUGCAGAUCAAGCUCGCCCCCGGCAACUCCGCCGGCACAGUCACCACGUGCUACUUCUUGUCUGAGGGGUCAUGGGCGAACCACGACGAGAUCGACCUGGAGUUCCUGGGCAACUCCACCGGCGAGCCCUACACGCUCCACACCAACGUCUACAUCAACGGCACCGGCAGCAAGGAGCAGCAGUUCCACCUCUGGUUCGACCCCGCCGCCGACUUCCACACCUACUCCAUCGUCUGGACUCCCCUGCACAUCCUCGUGCUGGUGGACGGCACGCCGAUCCGGGAGCUGAGGAACCACGCCGACAAGGGCGUGGCGUACCCGUCGUGGCAGCGGAUGCGGCUGUACGGGAGCCUGUGGAACGCCGAGGACUGGGCGACGCAGGGCGGCCGCGUCAAGACGGACUGGUCGCUGGCGCCCUUCGUCGCGCAGUACCGCAACUUCACCGCCACCACCUCGUCGCCGGGCGCCGGCGGCGGGUACUACGACCAGGAGAUGGACGCGACGGCGCAGCAGGCCAUGAAGUGGGCGCGGGACACGCACAUGGUGUACAACUACUGCGCGGACAGCGCGCGGUUCCCCUACGGCUCGCCGCCCGAGUGCUACAUGCCGUAGAGAUCCGGUGAUGCCUCCAUCGGUUGUAGUACAACUACUUUGAGUGCAGAGUCGGUUACACUUACACAUGC